AUGGGGGACGCGACGGAGGCACGCGCUCGCCAGAUCCACGGAUGUAUCGGGAGGGGGGGCGUGGCGGCGGUACGCGCUCGCCAGAUCGGCGGCAGAAUCGUGACGGGGAACGCGGUGGCGGCGCGCGCUCGCCAGAUCCACGUCUCCCGCACGAGGACGGGAGGCACGGAAGCGGCUACCGCUCGCCAGGAUGGCAGCAGCUGCAGGAAGAAAGGCGCAGAGGCGGCUACCGCUCGCCAGAGCAACGGCGGCACCAGGACAGUGGACGCGGGGGAAGUGUGCGCUCACCAGAUCCGCGGAGACGCGGAGGCGACUACCGCUCGCCUGAUCUGCAACGGUAUCAUGGAGAGAGGUGGGGAAGCGAGACGCGCUCGCCCGACUGGCACAGGCAACAUGGAGAAAGCCGGGGAGGCGGAUACGGCUCGCAGCUUCGGCAACAGAGCAGGGAUGAGGGGCGCGGCGGAGGGUAUCACUCACCUGAUCGGUACUGGCAGCAUGACGGAAGACGUACCAGUGAGGGAGGACGGGAUCAACGCAACAGCAGAGAGGAAGGCAGCGGGCUGA